GUGCCCUUCUUCAGCUCCCUGGAGAAAUUAAUCGUGUUGCUUGGCGAAGUGUUCGGAGUGAAUGAUGCGCGCGCCCGGCGUACAGUCGCGCGCUUAAAACAACAACCACAAGAGUGGACUGAUAAAGUUCGAGUCAGUGGAUGUUAUUAUCGGCAGGUUGAUCCGGGAUCUGCUGUCCCGCGGGAGAGGAGAGGGCCAUUACUGCUACUGUGGCGUGGGAAAAGUUACACUUGCGUGACGCGCGGCGGAGAGUCGGUCGCGUCCAUGAGCGGCGCGGCGCUGCUGUGAAUGGAGUCCCGGAGCCCCGGAGCGUGAGGACUGAUCAUGGAGCAGCGCAACGGGACGCGGAGCUCCAAUCAGCCGCAGCUCCGCAUUAACGUGCCGAGCUCCGCCAGAGAGAGAGUGGACAGUGUGGACCCGUACGGCUUCCAGCGCUCCGAUGACUUUGACUACGAGUCGUACGAGGAGCUGAUGUCCGAGUAUCUGGCCGUUCUCACCAGGAGAUCCAUCAAAUGGUCCAAACUGCUGCAGGGGAAGCGGCGCGUGGACCGGAACCUCAAGGUGAAGCGGUACGUACGGAAGGGCAUCCCGAACGAGCACCGGCCGCUGGUGUGGAUGGUGUCCAGCGGAGCGCAGGAGCGGAUGGAGAGGAACCCUGGGUAUUAUCGCUCGCUGCUGGACGCUCAACACGACCCCAAACUGCUGGAGAGCAUCCGCACCGAUCUGCACAGAACCUUCCCAGACAACGUGAACUUCCGACGCUCGGCGGAUCCGUGCCUGCAGGCGGCGCUGUAUAACGUGCUGGUGGCGUACGGACAGCAUAAUAAAGCCGUGGGCUACUGUCAGGGAAUGAACUUCAUCGCAGGAUAUCUGAUCAUCAUCAGUAAAGACGAGGAGACGUCCUUCUGGCUGAUGGAGGCGCUGCUGGGAAGAAUCCUGCCAGAUUACUACUCUCCGGCCAUGCUGGGUCUGAAGGCGGAUCAGGAGGUUCUGGGCGAACUGGUGCGGGCGAGGGUUCCCGCGGUGUGGCGGCUCAUGCAGGAUCACGGCGUCAUGUGGUCUCUGGUGGUCUCGCGCUGGUUCAUCUGCCUCUUCAUCGACGUCCUGCCGGUGGAGACGGUGCUGCGGAUCUGGGACUGUCUGUUCUACGAGGGCUCCAAGAUCCUGUUCCGCGUGGCUCUGACUCUGAUCCGCCACCAUCAGGACGUGAUUCUGCAGGCGCAGAACAUGCCGGACAUCUGCGAGCGCUUCAAACGCAUCACCAGAGGCGCCUUCGUGGAGGACUGCCACGCUUUCAUGCAGGCGAUCUUCCUGGAGCCCGGGAGUCUCUCCAAGGCCACCGUGUCGAAGCUGCGCGAGAGCUGCCGCGCGCGGAUCGUCGCCGGCGAAUCCUGACUUCAACAUUCCCGCUGUUAGUCUGCAGACGCUCACUCAGUAGUGUGCACUAACAGACUGCAUCAUGAAGAUGUGUAUUUUCUUACCUUUGUAGAAAGUGUGUAUAGAUGUAGAAUAAUCACAGAUGCUGGACUGAAGAUGUCUUUAAUGCUUUAGGUUGAACCACAAUCAUUUCUUCUUAGAUUAAGACCAAUAAUACUGUGAAAUAAAACGGCUCAAGAUGAACUUUA